AAAGACUGGAAAUAAAGACGAUUGAACACUGGAAGGGGAGGACCUGGACACGGGACUGGAGUCAGGGCGAAGAACCGACUUGAACACUCACGCCCUAGUUCGCUCAAAGCGCCUUUUACCUCACAAACUCACGGAGGAUACCUGAGCAACCAAUUUCCUGGGGAAAAUAUUACGAGAAUAAAAUGUUCCGGAAAAACAGAAACAAAACUGGAAAAGUCUGAGUGAAAGUGACGAUAUGUGAAGUUCCAAUCUUUUUAUAGCCUAUUAGAAGCUCGAAUGUAAGCCUGAUUACCAUUUCACUUGGAGCGACGGUCCAGGCAAUGGACACUUUUUUGGAGGAAGCCCUUUCGAUAUCGUCAUAAUUCUGUAUACUGGAAUUGAUCACAAUUGCAAUGAAGGGUCGGUGUUUAUUUACUUGCAUGCUGGUUUACGUGUUCCUGUGGUCGUCCAGUGGUCAAAACUCCGCACCAGAAGCAGUGUUGAACUGCUGUGAGGGUGACGUCCUCUUCCUAUUGGACUCCUCGGGCAGCGUCUCAUCCUAUGACUACUCCCGCAUGCUGGGCUUUUUGUCCGAGCUCCUCCUUCCAUUCUCAUUGGGUGAGGACCAGGUGAGGGUGAGCCUUCUGCAGGUGGGCACCCAACCCCGCCUUGAGUUUGGUUUUGACAGCCACAAUAGCCAAACUGGCCUACAGGGGGCGCUGGGGAACACCAAGCCUCUGAGGGGCGACACCAACACAGAGGAGGCCCUCAGGAUGGCCAAGGACUGGGUGCUGAAGCCCGGGGGUGGUGCGGGGGCCAGGGAAGAACUCCCCAGAGUUCUAGUGUGGCUGACGGAUGGGGUGAAGCCGGGUGAUGUGAUUGGACCAAUGGAGAAGCUGAGAGAGGAGGGCGUGGCCGUUCUGGUGAUCUCCACGGGCCACGGGAACUACCAGGAGCUGCGACAGGUGGUCACCCCUCCUGUGGAGUCACACCUGUACUUUGUGGACAUCGACGAUAUGAGUAUCAUCACGGAGGACCUGAGGGAUGCCAUUAUUGAGAUUCUCCGGGCUGAACGGCUCCAGGUGCGAGACGUGUCCACAGACAGUGCCAUGCUGCAGUGGCGACCGGUUCUGGCCGGUUUGACCGGUUACUAUGAGAUCCGGUUUGGACCGGCUCCCAGUCUAGGAGUGAGCGAAAGAGAAGCAAGGGGGCCUGGGACCAGCCCCAGUACCAGUGGUAGUCAUUACCAACGACUGACCCGGCCAGGGGACUCCAACAUGGCAAGGCUGAUGGACCUGAAACCAGACACCACAUACAUGGCCACACUGACUCCCAAGUCCAACCUACAGGUGCUCAACCCCCUCUCUGUCACCUUCACCACUAAGCCAGAGGUGUUGAGCCCGACUAUGGUGACGGUAUCUGACUCCGGGGCCAAUGGUGUGAGGGUGAGCUGGGGUCCUCUGCAGCCGGAGUCUGUCCAGAGCUUCCAGGUGGAGUACAUGGCCCUGCCGGGGGGGAAGCUCCACAUGACUACUGUGGGCCAAGGGCAGAACUCCACCCUGCUGACUAACCUCCAGCCAGACACCCAGUACCUGGUCACCGUGAGCGCACGGCACUCCUCCGGCCGGGAGAGGGCCAUGUCUGUCAAAGUGUGCACUGAGGAGGUGAGACCGGCUCUUGCAGACCUGCAGCUGACCACGGUGGGCAGUGACUCUGUGCAGGUGGACUGGAAAGCCAGCGUGGACGGCCUCAGGGGCUACUGGCUCACCUGGGAGGGUCAGGGCAUCCACGGCUCUACCCCCGCCCCGCGCUCCUCCCUCUACUUGCCUUCCAACUCACUGUCCACGCGCCUCACACACCUGCCCCCCGCCACCCGAGUGUGUGUGUCACCCGUCUACCGGACGGCACGCGGGGAGGGCCUCUGCUGCAUGGCCCAGUUUCAUUCAGAUGCAUCGGUUUGGGGCCACAGAUCAUAACAUUGCUGAGCUCAACAGGCACUAUGCCAAGGAUGGAGGGAUGAAGGAGAAGAAGAGAUAGAAGAACAAUGCAUCUGAACUUGCAUCCCUCCUUCAGUUCAUUUUCUCCUUUCUGGACAAGACAUAAGGCCUUUGGCUUACAAAGCACAGUCUAAUAGAUACUGAUACGAUAGAUAGAUUGAUAGAUAGAUAGGCUUGCUGUACUAUAAAGAUCUUGCUCUAUUAGUAAGCACCCUAACUGAGUUGGGUUGCUAUCUCCAGCGAUAUAGACAUCUUGAUUUUCACAUUUACUUUACAUUGCCUAAAACCUGUAAUCACACUGUAAACAUGUUUGUUUUAGAUAUAAGAUGUAGAGAGUGGCCAAGCAUAUCAGUGUAGAUCAAGGUCAUUCUGCUUGAUGGUAUUUUGCAUAAUGUAGUUUUAAUCAACAAGACCCACUGGGCACAGACAUGGUGAUUUACUAACUUGAAUUCAACAGAAAAUGUCACCAAGUUGUUGGAUUUAGGUUAAAAGUUGGGUGGGGAAAAACAUGAAAUUCCCUUACAUUGAUAACUUUUAGCAAAUCCAAUCAGUUUUCCACGUUGAUUCAAUAUCAUCUCAUACAUUUUUGAUGUUGUUGAAAUGACAUGGAAACAACAUUGAUUCAACCAGUUUUUACCCAGUGGGGAGGAAUGUAUUUUAACAAAAUUGUCUGGCUUCUACAAUACACAAGGAGCAACCAUGUUUGCAAAAUAAUCUGAAUAUUUCCCAAAGCACCCACUCGUAAUAUUUUAGUAACACUUUUUACAUGUGUGUGCCAACUCACUUUAAUUGAAGGGCAAAUGGACACAGAAUCCUUAAUAACAGAGGAACCCAUCUAAACCAAUGAAAUCUGAUUCUCUACAUGGCUGCACUGAUAAAACCACAGACAAGAUGUUCUACCAGUGAGAUGUUGCAGAUGAUUUUUCGAUAAAGGAUCAAUCUGAUAUUUUCCAGGAUUGUUUUGACACAUCACUACCAAGACUUAUACAUGCAGGACUUACAUUGGAUGAUGUUGUAUAUUCAGUGAUACAGGUUGGCCAUUUACCAACGGUGCAUAGAUCUGCAGAGGAAAUAGAAGAAUUCUUCUACCAAAUUCCUUGGACCGUAUUCAUACUGUAGGUGUAAUGUUUCGACAUCAUUUCAACUUCAAAAAAGCUAAGCGAUGUCGUUCAAUCAAUGUGGAAAACUGAUUGGAUUUGCAAAAAGUCAUCAACGUAAGGAAAUUCUGUCUCUUUUUCACCCAACUUUUAACUUAAAUCCAAUUGACAUGGUGACAUUUUAUGUUGAUUUCACAUUGACUUCAUGUUAGAUGACAACUCAACCAAAUGUAAAUCAAAAAUAGACGUUGAACUGACGUCUGUGCAGUGCGGUGGGUCUGUUAUCAGCUGGUUUCUGCUGCCUCCCUGUGGAAGUUGUACUGAUGCGUUUUAGAUCCUUUUUAGAUGGUUUCAGUGUUGGUUUGUUCAUAUUCAUUACAUUGAGAGUUGUUCAUCACUAUAUUAAAUGACCUAGUUUUACAACAUAGCAGAUUUUCUUUGAGAAUUAUCAUGCAUAUCCAAAGUGAUUACAGGUGUAAUACAAUGUAUUUGUUUGGUCAUUUUUAUUUUCACUCCUAACUAACUGCAUCACAUUUUUUUGCAUUAACAUUAACUGCAUUAACUUCCAGAACUGUCUCAUAGUGCCUAGUAUUGAUGGAUGCUGUUGGGUUGUUGCAGUCACCUCUCACAGUGGUACAUCAGUUAAAGCACAGGGACUGAAUGACUGACCAUUUAUUGAGGAUCAGGAUGCUAAUUAGAGGAAUUAAUUGAGGAAGGGUUGAUAUCAAAAUGGAUUUUAGAAAUGAUGAUGAAUAUGAAACAUUCAUAUCUGAUUUGUGAGGAAAAGCUGGAAAUAGAGGUUGUCAAAGGGUGAGUCUUAUUUCAUGGCCUUCCCCUGUAAGACAUUCUAUGCAUCUCUAACUCUCAUUCUAAUUUUCUCAUCUCCUCACUCUUCUUUGCCAUUUUUAUCUCUGGCCUUAGUUAUCUUUGUUUUCGUUAUUAUUUUGGUUAGGUCAGGGUGUGACAUGGGGGAUUUAUGUGUUUUUCCGUUCUAGGUAGUUUUGUAUGUCUAUGGUUGCCUAGAUUGGUUCUCAAUUAGAGGCAGCUGUCUGUCGUUGUCUCUGAUUGGGAACCAUAUUUAGGCAGCCAUGUUCUUUGGGUAUUUUGUGGGUGAUUGUCUUCUGUCUUUGUGUCAUUGCACCAGAUAGGACUGUUUCGGUUUUCACAUUUGUUGUUUUCGGUCUAAAUUAAACAUGUUGAACACUAA